GCCAGUAAAUCCCGCGCCCAGUUCAUAUUCCCAGGUCCUAAACCCUAAUCUGAAAAAACCAACAUCCUUACUAAACUGAAAAAACCGUGCGUCGUUCAUCCUUCUCAUCCUCUCCACUCUCCAGUGCACCACCGUUCAUCCUCCGACGGCCAGUACCAGUCUUCUAAUUUCUCUCAAGUGUGCAUCGCAUCAGCAAAAACAAAACAAGGAAAAACAUAGAAGAUCAGAAAGAAGGAGGAGAAGAAGGAAGAUGGGAGAAGAAUGUUUUCUGGAAUUAUCAAAAAAUGUUAUUCAAAAAGAGAAAAAAUAGCCUAUAUAUAUACAUGAGGUCAUUUACUAAAAUAAGAGGGUUAAUGCCUUGUGCUAUAUAUAGUCAAUUACAGAGAAGAAAAUAAAACCGUAGCGGAUGAUAAGUCAUCAGCUCCAACACCCCCCCUCAAGCUGGAGUGGUAUUAACAACUCCUAGCUUGGUUAGAAGCUUACAAAAUUGAGGUGAUGGCAGAGCCUUUGUGAAGACAUCAGCUAGUUGAUUUUGGGUAGGUAAAUAUGUGAGCUGAAGAAGACCUUCAAGAACCUUAUCUCGAGUAAAGUGACAAUCCACUUCUAUGUGUUUAGUUUUUUCAUGAAAGACUGGAUUUUUUGCAAUGUGUAUGGCUGACAUGUUGUCACAAUGUAGAAGAACAGGUUCUAAAUUGUAUACACCUAGGUCUUGAAGAAGCUGGAUCAACCAAGUGAUUUCUGAUGCAGCUGAAGCCAUGGCUCUGUAUUCUGCUUCAGAGGAGCUUCUUGAGACUGUGGCUUGUUUUUUAGACUUCCAAGAUAUAGGUGAACGUCCAAGUAACAUCACAUAUCCAGUAACAGACCUUCGAGAAUUUGGACAAGCUGCCCAGUCACUAUCUGAGAAUGCCUGAAGGGUAAGUUGUGCUGAACCAUGUAAUAAAAUGCCUUGUCCUGUGGUUCCAUGGACGUAUCUCAAUACAUGAUGCAGAGCAUCAACAUGUGGCUGCCUUGGGGUAUGCAUGAAUUGACUCAAUGUUUGGACAGAGAAAGACAAAUCUGGUCUUGUAUGAGUCAAAAAAUUGAGCUUUCCAAUCAAGGAUCUAUAAUGGUAGGGGUGUCAAACAGGUCGGGUUGGGUCGUUUUCAGGUUCGGGUCAUAUAUAAAUGGGUCACUAGACCCUUGACCUGAACCUGACCCAUUUAAUUAAAUGGGUCAAAAAUUGAAACCCCGACCUGAUCUGUUUCAGGUCGGGUCAACCUGAAAAUGACCCAUUUAACCUGCUUUUUUUUUUCAGGUCAUUCAACCCAUAUAUUUCAGGUCAUUUGAUCCAUUUGACCCAUUUGACCCAUAUAUUAUAUUCACAUUUCAUAAUAAUUCACAGAUGUAAACAGUAAAUAACUUAGCAAUACUCAGAAUACAAUCAUACAUUGAAUAUCAGUAUACACAGAAGUCAGAAAUAACAGAACAAACACCAAACACAAAAUGAAUACACAGAACACCAAGAACAAACACAAAAUUGAUUGAAUAUCAGUAUACUCAGAAUACAAAGAACAAACACAAAAACUAAAACUCGAACCCAGAAAUGGAUACUGUAAAACGAAAGUAAAUACCAAAGAGGCGAAGAUACUGUAAACCAAAAUAACUGUAAAACGAAAAUUAUCAAAAAAAAAAAAGUAAACCAAAAUAACUGUAAACCAAAAUGAACUAACCCAGUUUACACCGAAAGAAUGAAGAAGAAGAUGAUGAUUGGAGAAAUGGAGCUAAGAUACUUCGGCAGUUCGGCAGAAGGAAGAAGAAGAAGAAAGAGGAAGAAGAAGAAAGAAGAAAGAGGAAGAAGGCGCAGCCGCAGUUUGAGGAAGACGAAGACCGAAGAGGCGAAGAACAUGAAUGAGUCGCAGUUGCACAGUUUAGGAAGAGGAAGGAGGCGGAAGUGAGGAGCCGUUUAGGGUUUUAUGAUAAAACUUUUAUCUUUUAUCUUUUAGGGUUUAGUUUAGUAGGGAUCCGGAUUUCAAUUUCUGAUUUCAAUUUCAAAUUUGCAAUGCCUUUCUUCAUUUCUUGCACAGUACAACGCUGCCGCCACUCGCCAGGCUGGAUCACAUUAUGACAUUACUUUUAAAUAUUAAGUUAUUUAAAAAUUAAAAUUUUCAAUGGGUUAUUAAAUGGGUUAAAUAUGGGUCGACCUGACCUGAUUGACCCAUUUAAUAAAUGGGUUAAACAGGUUUUUUUCGGGUUUAAAUAUUCAACCUGAACCUAACCCAUUUAAUAAACAGAUCAGGUCGGGUUGACCCAUUUAAUUAAUUGGGUCAAAAAUCUAAACCCAAACCCGCUAAUUUCGGGUCGGUUUCAGAUCAGGUUAGCAGGUCGGGUCAGCUUUUGCCAGCCCUAUAUAAUGGUCUGGAUGAGCAUACAAGUCACCUGAAUUAUCCAGGAGUUUGGUGUUUAAGGAUAAGGGAGCAGGAGCAGAUUUGGAAAGAUCAAAACCACAAUUGUCAAGGAGAGAUUUUGUGAACUUUUUUUGAGUGAGAAUGAUCCCAGCUUGUGAGUAAGAUACCUCUAUACCAAGGAAAUAAUGUAAGAUGCCCAAAUCUUUAAUGCUGAAGAUUGUGUCAAGAUGAGCUUUUAGGGUUUGUAUAUCAUUGUGAUUUGUACCAGUUACCAGGAUAUCAUCAACAUAAAUAGCAACAAUGGUGAUGUCUGAACCCCUUUUUUGAUGAAGAGAGAAUAAUCGUGUUUGGAUUGUACAAAUCCUUGAUGUAACAGUACAGUAUGCAGCUUAAAAAACCAUUGUCUGCUUGCUUGCUUCAACCCAUAUAGGGAUUUGUUGAGUUUGCAGAACUUAUUCCCAGGAUUUUCAAUUCCUUUGGGCAUUCUCAUGUAUACUUCUUCAUUAAGAUCACCAUGAAGGAAAGCAUUGUUAACAUCUAAUUGAAAUAUAUCCCACCCUUUGCCUGCUGCAAUUGCAAUUAAGGCUCUUAUGGUUGUCAUUUUGAUAACAGGAGAAAAAGUUUCCUCAUAAUCUACCCCAAAUUUCUGUGUAUAUCCUUGAGCAACUAGUCUUGCUUUGCAUCGUUCUAAAGUGCCAUCUGGUUUGAGCUUUACCUUGUAUACCCAUUUGCAGCCUAUAGCCUUUUUUCCAGGAGGCAAAUCAACAAUGUCCCAGGUGUUGUUCUUUAUUAGAGCAUGUAUUUCCUUGUUCAUAGCUUCAACCCAUUCUGACUGUGCUGAUGCUUCUUUAUAACUUGUAGGUUCUGUAAUAUUACAAACAUUUGACACUAAAGCAAGAUGAGUUAGUGGAAGAUCAGAAAAAGAUACAAGAUUACACCAAUGUUUGAUGGAAGGACAUUCAUAUUCACUGAGAUAAGAGGGUGGUUUGGUGGGUCUGGAAGACUGUCUGAGAGGAGGAUUAGGUAUAGGUGUUAUUUCUGAAAUAUCAACAAGGUUUGUAUGUGAGGGAGAGGGGUUAGAGGUGAAUAUAUCUGGAAUAUCACCUGGUGAAAUAGAUGUAAAGGGUGUAUGUGUGGGAAGAUAUAUGGUAGAAGGGAAAUCAGUGGAAGGUGAUGGAAUAGAAGAGGAUAUUGGGCAUGGAUAGUGAAAAGGGAAAUGAUGUUCAUGGAACUGAACAUCUCUUGAAACUGAAAUUUUGUGGGUGGUUAAAUUUAGAAUUUUGUACCCCUUUUGUGUAGGUGAGUAUCCAAUGAAAACUGAUGGUGAAGCUCUUGGGUUGAAUUUAGUUCUGUGAGUGGUGGAAGAAGAAACAAAACAAAGGCAUCCAAAUGUUUUUAAAUGAUCAUAGGAGGGUUUAUGUUCAUAUAAUUUUUCAAAGGGUGUGAUGAAAUUGAGGCUUUUGAGGGGCAUUCUGUUUAUGAGAUAAGUUGCACACAGUAUACAUUCACCCCAGUAUUUAAUUGGAAGCUUGGAUUGAAAAAGUAAGGCUCUUGCUGUUUCCAAGAGGUGUUUAUGCUUUCUUUCAACGACACCAUUUUGCUGAGGUGUGUUACUGCAACUGGUUUGGUGUAAAAUACCUUGAUUGAGAUAAAGCUGUUUGAUUGAUCCUUCAGUUAAUUCCAGAGCAUUAUCAGACCUUAUACAUUCAACCUUUGCAUCAAACUGAGUAUUUAAAAACUUCAAGAAUUGAGCAAUGACAUUAGUAACAUCAGUUCUUGAUUUUAAAAGAAACACCCAAGUGGAUCUAGUAAAGUCAUCAACUAUAGUAAGAAAAGAAUUACAUCCAUUAUAGGUGCAGUGUUUGUAAGGACCCCAAACAUCUAAAUGUAACAUUUGAAAUUUUCUAACAGUUUUUAUGCUACUUAUAGGAAAUGAAGAUCUAGUUUGUCUAGCUGCUGGACAUAUAGUACAUAUGGAGUCACAUUUAUUAGGAUUCAAGUGUAUGUCAGGAUGAACAAGCUUUAAGUGAUCAAAAGGAACAUGUCCUAAUCUUAGAUGCCCCAAUUUAGCAGAUUCUAUAACAGAGAUGCAAGCAGUUGAUUGUAUGAAAGAACCAGCCUGAACAUUGUAGAGACCAGCUUUUACUUUACCAAGAACUUGUGGCACAUUCAUUGAAGGGCCCUGUAUAAAGCAUUUAUCAGCAGUGAAUGCUAUUGUACACUUCUUGUCAACACAUAAUUUGUUUACAGAAAUUAAGUUGUAAUGAAAGUCAGGUACAUGUAGGACAUUAUAUAAAGUGAUGUGUUCAUUCAAUAUGACUGUGCCAGUGUUAUGAACUAAGACAUGUCUACCAUCAGGGAUAGUAAUAUUAGUUCUAGUAUGCAAGAUUGAAUUAUGUGUAGAGAAAAGCCUCAAGUCAGAACACAUGUGAUCAGAUGCUCCACUGUCCAGAAUCCAAGUAUUGUUUGUACAAGUUAAAAAACAAUAAGGUAUACCUGCCAUGAGAGCCUGAACAUCAUUGUCAUUUUGAAUACCAGUUUUUGUAUCAACUUCAGUAUCAUUUUGAGGUUUAUUCAGAAGGUUAAGAAGGUAAGUUCUGAGUUGUUGUUCUUGAUCAGUUUUGGAGGAGUCUGUUGUAGUCUGAUGUUUUUGAUGAGACUGGUUUUCAUCUGUACAUGUUGCUGCAAAUUUUUUUCCUUUGUCCUUGUAAGCAGUGUACCCUGGUGGAUAUCCAUGAAGCUCAAAACACCUUUCUGUGCUAUGACCAGGUAUCUUACAGUGAUCACAAAAAUAGCUACUAGGUGGUCUUUUGUUACCAUUGCCUUGCAUAAACCUUCCUCCUCUAGUUUUGUUCUGUAGGAAGUUUCUUGAGUAUCCAAGAUUUUGUGAAUAUGGUUUGUAAUCAUUGUAUUUUCCUUUGUUGCCUGCCAAGGCAACAGUCUCAACAGCUGAAGUGUUGUUUGCAGUUGUGAGUGCUUUGUGUCUCUCUUCCUGCAUUAGUAACCUAUAAGCUUGUGUAAGAUUUGGCAGGGGAUUCAUCAUCAAGAUAUUUCCUCUCACGGAUCCAAAUUCAUCAUUCAAUUUCAUGAGAAAUUGCAUCAACCUGAGAUCUUGCUGUUGCUUGAAGAUCUUUUGAGUUAGAUUACAGGUACAUUGAUUACAUGUGCAUACAGGUAAAGGACAUGCUUCACUGAUUUUAUCCCAUAUUCCUUUGAUUUCAGUAAAAAAUUCAGCAACAUUUUUGGAGCCUUGCAUAAUCUCAGAAACUUGUUGUUGGAGGGAAUAGAGUUGCGGAGCAGAUACAUAGCCAUAUCUUUCUUCAAGAUCGUCCCAAAUGUCCUUGGCUGUUUGCAGAUAUAGCACACUUUUGGCAAUAGUUGGAUCAAGAUUGAACAAGAUCCAGGAUAUCAUUAGAUCAUUGCAUCUUUUCCAUGCUGAAUACAAUUUAUCAUCUGUUGUUGGUUCAGGAUGUAAGUAGUAUGGACUGGUGAAAUCUUGACUUUGAGGAAAAUUUUGUGAUGAAUGUUCAGCCAUAAGCAGAGGAUUAGAAGACAUAUUUGAGAAGAAUGUAAGAAAGAUGAAAAACAGGAAAAAAAUUGAUCAAAAGAAAAAAAAAAAAAAAAAAAAAAAAAAAAAAACUUAUAACGAAUUUGAACUGGAUUAGAUGAAUAAGGAUGAAAUCAGUAAUCAGAAAUGAAGAGAAAGAAUCAAGAAUGAAGAACAAGAAAACAGAUCAUGAACAAGAAAUUUCAACAAUUCAACUUACAACAAUCUGCAUUGCAAGGAAAGGAAUCGAAUUCAAUCAGCCAUCGUUUCUUGAAAUUGGCGUGAAAAAUGGAGGUAACAGCAAUUUCGUUGAAGUUUCCAAGAAAUUAUACUCCAUAGUGGCAUGCACACAUCCUGAAUUUUGUGAGGCGGAAGCAAGGAAUGGAUCGGGGUUUAGUCUGAUACCAUGAUGAAAUCAGCAAAAACAAAACAAGGAAAAACAUAGAAGAUCAGAAAGAAGGAGGAGAAGAAGGAAGAUGGGAGAAGAAUGUUUCCUAGAAUUAUCAAAAAAUGUUAUUCAAAAAGAGAAAAAAUAGCCUAUAUAUAUACAUGAGGUCAUUUACUAAAAUAAGAGGGUUAAUGCCUUGUGCUAUAUAUAGUCAAUUACAGAGAAAAAAAUAAAACCGUAGCGGAUGAUAAGUCAUCAGCUCCAACAUCCUUAACCAAUCGGGCUGUUAAUGUAACAUCAUUUCCUGAAUGAGAAAAGUAGAGCUAGCAAUUAAGUCUCCAAUUACAUUGAUAAAGAAUUAUGAGUUUCGACUCCGUUGGUAGUUUACAUCUUUAAUUCAAAGAAGCAUAAUUCAUCCUCAAAAGGACAUCGUAAGCAUAAUUGGAUCGGAAGAAAUGGAUUAAUCAUAUAUAGGUGACAAUUUAAUUUGUUUUUAAUGUAUAUCACAUCAAUAAAUCAUAACUUUAUCAAUUCUAAAAAAAAACAAGCUUAUAGGCUUGAUAGCCCCUUACCCCAUCAUAUUUAUAGUUCCCCAAAAAGUUUCUUAUUAUAAAAGUAGAAGUAUUUAUUACAUGCCCUUCACAAGCCACAAACUACACUAACCAACUUUCUUGAUCUCUGACUAGUGGCUAGUAGCACACUAGCACACAUUCUCUUAAUUCCUACAACCAAUCUAAUAUAUACAUUCUAAUUUCCAAUCUUUCCCUCCUCGUCAUUUCUUUCUCUUCUUUCUACCCCAUCAAAGUUUAGGCAUUAAAUUUUAAAGGAUAAAUUAGAUAAUAUUUAUUUUUUUAAAAAAAGAAAUGGGAAAAAACAACAUAUUGCCAUUUUUAGCAAUGGUGACAGUGCAAAUAGGAUAUGGUGGGAUGAAUAUAACCUCCAAAGCGGCAAUGGAAUCUGGGAUGGCUCCCGUCGUUCUAGUUGCAUAUCGUCAACUUUUUGCCACACUUGUGAUCGCGCCUCUUGCUUAUUUCAUCGAAAGAGGAAAAAGGCCAAAGAUCACCAAGCACAUCCUCUUUCAAAUCUUUUUAUGUUCCCUUUUUGGGGCAAGCAUGAAUCAGAUCUUAUAUUUCGUAGGAUUGAAUGAGACAAGCGCAACUAUUGCUAGUGCUUUGUAUAAUUUGCUCCCGGCAAUGACCUUCGUCUUUGCUAUCCCUUUUGGAUUGGAAGUAAUUGAUAUGAGGAAGAGGGGAGUCCAGGCAAAAAUAGCAGGGACAUUAGUAUGUGUUGUUGGAGCAAUGCUACUAUCAUUUUAUCAUGGACAUCUCAUCCACAUACGUCAACCCAAAAUCCACUGGCUGCAUUUUGGUGCUAAUCAUCAUAAAACUAAUCAAAAAGAUGGCUCAAUUAAUCACUUUAAUCUCGUUUUUGGCACACUUUUUCUCAUCGCAAGCAACCUUGCUUUGGCUAUUUGGUAUAUUCUCCAAGCAAAAUUGAGUGAGAGUUUUGCAGCUCCUUACACCAGUUCUGCGUUGAUGUGUUUCAUGGCAACCAUCCAAUGCAUGGUUGUAGCAGCUUGUACAAAGCACAAAGCAUCUGACUGGAUACUAAAUUCUCGGAUUAAAAUUGUUGCUAGUAUAUAUGCGGGUGUGGUGGGGUCAGCACUUGCAUUUUUAUUAAUAUCAUGGACAAUACAAAGAAAAGGACCUCUCUAUGUUUCGGUGUUUAGUCCAUUAAUGUUGGUGAUUGCAGCAUUGCUUGCUUGGGUGUUACACAUGGAGAAACUGUGUGUCGGAACGGCCAUGGGAUCAGGAGUAAUAGUGUUAGGGUUGUAUGCAGUGUUAUGGGGGAAGAACAAGGAAAUGGAGAUCAUCAAUGAUCAUCAAUUUGAAGAAGACAAUUACAAUAAAGCGGAAAAAGGACAUUUUGAAAAGCCCCAACAACUUGUGGACUUAAAUGCCAUCCAUGGUCAUCAAUUGGAUACAAAAUCAUAAUAUUAACCCUUUAUUCUUUAGGAUAAUGAACAUGAUGACUUAUAACUAAUAUUUCUCUUUAAACAAUUACAAUGCAACAAUGUUCAAUCACCUUCACCUUUUACAAAAUUUAUAUA